AUGGCGGCGGACAGCUCCCUGCAGACUGUGCAAACGUGUUGCUCUGCAGCAGCCUUGCAAACGUGUGACCGGGAGGUCGAGGGCAGUGGGUGCCACCACCUGCAGGUUCCCCUCCCAGGUACACACUUUCCCAACUUGGAAAUACAUUGCCAGUCCUUCGUAAUGGAAGGGCAGGAGCUCCUGACCCAACAGAUGUUCCUGCCCCACUCCCUUGCCCGCAUUCUGCUGGUGGUUCUGCUUGUUCACCUAGGUGGUGGACGUGUCCUGAAGAGGAGCAGGAGGCAGGCUGCCGAUGUUCCUGCCUCAGGCCUUGCCCCCCUGCGUUCCUGGCUCGUUGACGUUGCCGAUUUCGAGGGUCAGGCUGCGUUCCCUGAGGCGGCCAGGAGACAAGGAGUGAGGGGGCCGCUGAUUCCCGGCUUCGGGAGCCCCCUGGACAGGAUCUCGGCGGAGAAGCGACCCGGCCGCCAUCCUCACAACGUUCCCCGGAGGAGGACGACGGUGCCUUUGGAUCGCAUUGGAGGCUCCUACUUAACCCACAGAAGAAGCUGGUCGGAUUAUCCCGAGAUGGACUGGGAUCUUUACGAAGGUGAGCUGACUUAUUCCCAGAUGGAAACUGCCCAGCAACUGAUGGGAGAUCCGUAAUCCGGAGCGAAUAGCCUCAGAUCCGGCGGAGCUCUCUGAAACACACACUUUAAAUGGAGAUUUUGCUUGUGAUGAAUCCAUAUUAUGUUGAAAGCUGCGAUUCAGUAAUGAGGGCUGGGAUUGUGGGUGAAUGUCUUUGAGAAGGCACUGGACGGAGUGGUGUGAUGGGGAGGGGCCAGUUACAGUUUGUAUCACAGCGGGGACCUCCUGCAAGUCACAGGUUAUUUUAAUCAUGCAUAACCAGUCACUGAUCUUUCUAGCCACACGUAUAAAGGCACAAAUGCUGGAGUUUAACUUCUGGUUCCUGUUC